GCACGAAUCGUGCGUUAUUUUCACAUUCCGGCGUUACUGGAUAUACAUUAUUAAACUAAGUUGAAAGAAUGAAGGAAAAAUUAUAUUUUGGGAAUAUUUCUUUCCAUGAAUUUAAACAUGGAUGUGUUAUUAUUUUGUAUUGCCCGUCUUCGACCGGUUUAAGGUCCUCACAGCUUUGGAUUCGAAUUUUGCAAAUGAUUUGAUUCUUAAAUGUGUGGCAGCAUUCCAUGGAACGUCUUAGGGUGGUUCUAUUCAGGUAUCCGUUUGUACCUAGGGAAGGUAAAGCUGGAAAGUCAACAUUAUAACAUUGAAUUAAAAACCAACCGAAAAGAAGGUAGUUUAAGAGAAGAUGGAGUCACAUGAAUUCACAUUAAUUGUUAUAACUUGCAUGUUUCUGAAACCGAUUUUGUGUGGUAAAAACGGACCCUUUCCACGAUAAUGCAACAUUUUCAAUGUAACAUUGCUCACCCUGCGCACCCUCUUACCUAAUUAUUGAUCCUUCCUUGGUUGGCACUGUCAAGAUAUAAUCAAUUUCUAUUUAUAGAUAUGUUAUGUUUGUUUCAGUAGUCCGCGCAAAUUCACCAGUGAUGGCAUAUUUUAAAUUGUUUUUCGUUAUUUUCUUUUUCUGCUAUUAUUUCAUACCAGUGGUAACCACGGUAAGAUUUUUAUUUAUUGAAAUGUGAUUCAUUCUACUUUAAAUUCUUUCAAAAGUGUCUUUACACUCAUUUAUUUUUCUGCCGGAAGUGAUAGCAGACGACAAUUCAUUUUUUUUUUUCAGUUUUAGUAAAUUAUUCAAUAUAUUGCAAUUGAUUUCAUUUAGCUUGUUUAUGCUAUUAUACUGUAUAGAGGAUAUUCAAGUUUUUUUUCUAUAUAUUCAUUGAGUGGUAUGAAAAUAAAUAUUUCAUGACUGACGGUAGCCACGAGUGAAAUAUGAUAAUUUUCAUACCACAAGAUGCAAAUAAAUCCUGUUAAUAUAAAAAAAAACUUGAAUUUUCUGUUUUUUAUAUACUGAUUUUUAUUUUUUUACAUUACAAUUUAAAGACUCACCCUUAAAAUUGAUGUAUUAGAUGAAUUUAAAAGAAAGUGAAAAUACGGAAAAUAUGUUUCACUGCAUUGACAUGUUUACGGUGAAAAUGGGUGUGUGGGUAACAGUAACAAUAUCAUCCCGAGGAAAAUACUGUUACCCGAGGCGUAACGUCUAUUAUUAUUGUUAUAGACAUUAUUAUUAUUAUUAUUAUUAUUAUUAUUAUUAUAAUUAUUAUUAUUAUUAUUAUUAUUAUUAUUAUUAUUAUUAUUAUUAUAGACGUUGAAAUUUGAUUUUUUUUUCAAAACGGCUUAUAUUAAGAUUUUUGAUAUUUAUGAUCAGUACAUGUGCUGGGAUUGACAAAUAUACAUUUUAUUUGGAUUUUAAAGGUGUUUUAAGCUCCACACCCCAAGUGUCUGUGGUCCAGUCCGACCCCCCUAAAUUCCUAGGAUCCAGACCAGAAUAAAUAAUAGUUUUGUAUCAAAAAUUAAAUGACCAAAUAUGUGAUUGACACAUACAAUCUUAUUUGACCAGCAUAUAAAAUAUUUAAAUCAGUUUUUGAGUGUGUUUUUUUCCAAACUAGUCAGUAUGUCAACUGUGUAUUAGGUUUGACUAUUAGAUUAACAACAUUCCAAAACAAUAGAUCAGACUGCUGAGACAUUAACUUUAAAGUCCCAAAACUGUAACCUCCCCCCACCUUCCUGUCCCCACCCUUCCCAGGAAUUUGAAACAUUUGUCCAUGAUUCCCAAACUAUGGUGUCGCAGAUAUUCAGUUGUUAUGUGCAUAAUACGGAUACCAAAUGCCAUUUUGAAGUUAUACAUGUACAAUAUCAAACACAUUUCGUAUGUUUUGAUUGCAUUAAUGAAGAAGUAAAAUGAGCCGCGUCACGACAAAACCAACAUAAUGGGUUUGCGACCAGCAUAGAUCCAGACCAGCCUGUGCGUCCGCGCAGUCUGAACAGGAUCCAUACUGCUACUUGUAAAAGAGUUGGUACGCGAACAGCAUGGAUCCUGAUCAGACUGCGCGGAUGCGCAGGCUGGUCUGGAUCCAUGCUGGUCGCAAACGCAUUAUGUUGGUUCUGUCGUGACGCGGCUCAAAUGUUUAUUUUCAAGCAUACGAUGUAUUUAAUAUUACGAUGGGGGAAAAAUCCUUUUGUAUAUGAACUUAUGCAAUUAUUAAAACAGGGUUAAAGUGACAUUAUGCUCAUAUUUCCAUUGUCAAGUUGCGCUGAAUUGACUUUAUAUUUCAAAGGAUUGACUGUAUAGAUCUAAAUGAUGUUUGACCAAUAGAUUAUAUUGGAAAAUGUUUAGGAUAAAAUUUAAUAUCUGCCUGAAAUAUAGAAAGACUGCCCCACUCUCUUUAUAAAUUGAACGUUACAGGUAAAUAAUAAAUGAUAUUUACUGAAAGUUCGUUUGAAUCCGGUGGUUAUUUAUUGUUUAUGAAAGUAAAUUAUUAAAACAAAAGAAUUAUGGCGAAAUGAAAAUUUAUUUUGACUCUUACCUGUUCACUCACUAUAUACCUUUAGAUGGGCAUAAUGUCACUAUUAUUAUGCAUUGUUAAACUUAUUUGCCGUAUGCAUUUCCUGAUUCUCACCAUGCAAAAUUAAUGUUAGGAAACAGUUAACACCUAGAAACAUGUCAUAUAUUAUAUAGAAGAAUUGUCACUGAUUAACACGUUUUUCUACUCUAUUUUCAGAACUUCAAGGCGACCUGAUUAAAUUCUACAGAAAAAGGUGUAGUUCAAUACCUCUGUCACCGCUUCUUGAAGAAAUAGAGACACAUCUAGCUGGGUUCUACGUGAUGCCAGAUAUAGUCACUGUAAAAAAGAAGUCCCUAACUUGUCAUGAAGAGGAGAGAACACCGAUCAAGUCUUUGAAAGACCUGUUUUUAACCGGAAGUGGUGAUCAGCAAGAAAUUUAUCUAUCAGCUGAUGCAGGCUUUGGAAAAACUGCUUUCUCAAAAUAUCUUGCAGUCACGUGGUGUCAAGCUCAUUGUCACGAUGAAAACUACGCCUGCUUUAAAGACGACGAGUUAAAAACGUUAUUAGACUUCAAGUUCUUAUUUUUGGUUUUAUUAAGAGACUGUACCUCUGUUUGCAACAUUGACGAUAUGAUUGAACAGCAAAUUACAAGGAAACUUCCUACUUCUGCAAUACAAGAUGAAGUUUUACGUAGAGAAAAAUGCUUGAUAAUAUUGGACGGUCUUGAUGAAUGGAAUCACCCUGAUAAUAGCUGUAGCGAAGUAACAGAAAAAAUCCCACAUCGAUACGUACGUGAUAAUUGUGUUAUCCUUACGACAACUCGACCGUGGAAACUCGGAGUCGCAAAUCUCAAAACAAGUCAAAUAAACAAAAAAGUAGAAUUGGUUCAAUUAAGUGCAGAUUCUACGCGGCAACUUGAAAAAAAUGCUAUAAGAAAAAUGACAAGUGUCCGUGACGAUAGAGUACUAGAGAGUAAAAUAUGGGACUUCAAUAAAGUGAUACGUGACCGUCGCCUAGAGCACAUGCAGGUGAUCCCACUCCUCCUCAUGUAUAUAGUUUGCCUGUGGUGCAACAACAUUCCUAUAGGAAACUCAAAACAUGAAAUUUACACCAAUAUCAUUGAAUUUCUAUUAUCAAGAACGUCAAAGAAACACCCGGAAGUUCAACCAUCUCGUGAAUCGUCUGCCAGUGAAAUUCCAGGUUACUUCAAAAGUCAUGAAUUUUGUAAAAAGUUUUACAGUCUUAUAACAUCAUUAGCAGAACUAGCUUACCAAACAUUAUUUAACAAAAACAGACAAAAUACGCUUUUAUUUGAUAGAAUGGUUGCUGAUAUAUAUCUCAAAGCAGACGACAUGAAAUUAAGUCUUCUCUCAGGAAUACUGUCAGAAAGUAGAAGUAAAACUUUAAUUAAAGAAAUUAGUAAAGUAUCGUUUUCUCACAAAACAGUUCAAGAAUACUUUGCCGCCAUUUUUAUAAGUUCUCAAAGUGACGCUCAGAAAACUGUUGUAGAAAAAUGUAGAAAUGUUCAAGAUAUUCUGGACAUGUCAAAAAUGUGUGAAUUUAUAAGUGGAAUGAAUGCUGACCUGAUGUGUGAAAUAUCAAAUGAUUUGAUGGCUGUGAUAAAUGAAGACGAGAAAACACGCGACUAUAGAACUAGGAUAGGUCGCGAGAUAGUGUACAAUACUCCAUUGUAUAACAUACAGAAAAUGUUCAUGUCGUGUUUACAAGAAAUGCCUGAAAGUGAAAAUAUUCAAUUAUGUUUACAAGAUUUCUUCAUUGACUGGCGCACCGUGAACAGUAAGCUGUUACAACGUUUAUUAAAACAAAAUAAAACCAACAUAAAAUCACUUUAUAUAUACAUCAGAUAUACUUUCAGGAGUUUACGUGGAAUUAUAGAUUUAUUCUCUCUCACAGAUCUCAGUCAUAUACAGAAACUUUACUAUGAUUGUGGCAGCAAGGAGGAGGCUGAGAUAAACCGGAUAUUGUUUCCCAGUUUACAGUACGUUACUUUGCGGUAUGGUACAUGGAUAAAUGAUGAAGAGAAUCAGUGUGAAAAUUUAGCGCGAUUACAAAACUUACAAUAUUUAUAUAUUUACAGCUUCACGUUAUCUCACAAAAUACUGGAAACAUUUUACAAUUUUAUCUCCGCUCAAAAAUCAAUGAAAGAGUUAACAUUGUGGAAGUUAGACUGUAAAGAACAUGGCUACCGCCGUGAUUGUAAGAGAUUGAUGAACUUGCACUUGUCUCAACAUUCAACUCUAUCAAAGUUAGACUUGGACACGUUACCUGGGAGACUACAAUUAAAUAUAACAACACCGUCAUUAGUUUAUGUUAGGUUGUCGCUCAUCAAUCUAGAUGAUGAAAGUUCAUUGUUACUGUCACGUGACAUGGUGAAUAUUAAACGUGUGGAGUUGGUGCUGAUAGAAAUGUCCGCAGAAAGUUUACAGAACUUUAUUACCGUGCUGAAAACUCUGCCGCAGUCAGUUACAGUAAAGAUGAUCGCCAUUAAACCGGAAACAGAAUAUAGACGUGUUAUAAAAAAUAUUCGGAGUUCACAGACUUUUCAUGUGAUACAAGACUACGACGACUUGUGGGGACGGGUGAUUGAGUUCAAAACAAUAAAACCAAGUAAAGAAUAAACAAAGGAAAAACAUUGUACAAUAAACUAAUGAAAUUACUUCAAUGAUUUUAAAUGAAAACAAUUUAAAUAUGGACACUUAGAAACAAAAUGGCGACUCAUCAAACUUUAAUUAGGACAUUCUUAUACUUCCGUUUUCAAUUAAUAAUUUAAGUGACAAUUGUUUAUAAAUAAAAACAUUUAAUUAAUAGAAAUAAUUCAAGGAAGUUUUCACGGAAUUUCAAUGGAUAUCAAAGAUGGAUUAGGAUAUGAAAAUAUUUAACAGCGGCCUUUAAAGAUCAAAAUCUUUGUGAUGCAGAAUUAGGAUUUGUGUAGUUAUAGAUUAUUUCGAGCAACAAAAAUACCAUGUUCCUUUGUUACAAGAUAAUCAGCUCAAGUAAAUCUACAGUGACAAUGAUGAUUAUGCUUCUAUUAGAGUCCAAUAUGAAUACUAGAGUCCAAUAUGAAAACUUUACACCUGGUUCCUGGCAAUACAGAAACAUAUCCAAAAGAAUAUUGUUUUAAAACAGUGCAUCACCAAUACCUUGUACAAUCUUCUAGUACCUUGCUGAAUCAAAGACAGACCAGCAAACUUUUGCAUCGUUUAUACUUAAACUUGUUUUCUUCAAGAAGAAUUUACAUUUGUAAAGAAAGUUUUUACCUAGGCCGCUGUGAAAUAUUUAAAAAUAUCCUUCUGAAAACUUUGUUUGUGAACUACUCACAUACAUUUAGAAAACACAAAUGAAACUUGUAACAAAACGCUUAUAAUUAAAGUGGAUUGGUCUACAUAUUGAUAACACGACCACAAUUAGACAAUAAGAAAUGUGCAUUUUGGAUAUGUUUUGGAAAUGUUGAUAGAGUUCUAAAAUGAUUUAGUAUGGACAUAAUAUAUAAUUGUUCUAAAACACUUUAUUAUACUAGUACACAUAUUCUAUAUAUUAAUAUGUUGUAUCGGAUCAUGUAUCUAUCACUUGCCAACAACACCCAUAUACAAUUUUUUGUGGUUUGCUUUAAUAUAUGAUUCUAAAUACUUACUAUAAAAUAAUUAUUUAUGGUAUUUAUAUCUCUUAUUGUAGACCAAUUCACUUUAAAAAAGUAUGAUUUAAAUUGUUUUUAUUUUAAUAAGAUUAAAGGGACUCCACUGAGGUUUUUUGACAUGAUGGGACUGAAAAUAUUUUUUUCCAGAUAAAUGUACCAUUUGAUGUAUGUGUAGACCACAAAUCUUUGUGCAAACUUUCAGAUCAUUCACGCACUUCGUUUUUCCAUAAUAAUUAUUCAAAUUGUAAAAAAAUGACCCAAAAUGAAAAGCGUUUUAACGCUUUUCACUCAAAUUAGGCUAAGAAAAGCAUAAAACUACGAUUUUCGAUUUAUUUUAAAAGUAUAGUUCUUUACUAUCUUUGCAUAUAUUUCUGUUUAAAGCACCCCAGUUCAUUUAUGUAAGAAAUUCUAAUGUUAUGUUUUUAGGCUUUUAUACCUCCGUGGAGUCCCUUUAAAUUAUGUUCCGCCAUUUUAGAGUGAAAUAGUUAAACAUAUCACUAAAUAAUGACUAGCUUUGUAAAAAAGAAACACAAUAUUUUAUUGUUUGAACCAUGGUAAUUUUGAUGAGUAUAAGUUUGUUGAUUUACUACUUUUUACGUUACAAAAAGGAAAAGGAAAUUUGAAAGUUGCAAUAUAACUACAGUAAAAAGAGCAAUAGAGUAUAUGUUGCAUUUUGCUAUUGGUUAUAUCUUAAUUAAGACAGGGUCUUUCAAAUAGAAUGGUCUGGAGUCGGACGAAUUUUACUAAAAGAUGUCUCAGUUGUGUCACAUUAUUAGGUUAUCUACCAACUGUGAUCUGGCAUAGUAUAUCACCCUUCAAAAUUCAAAUAAUAAGAUAAAUCAAUCAAAAAAUAUUGAAAACUAAUCUUGGCUACGUUACAUUAUCAGUUUUGUCUUUGAAAAGUAACAAUUUAUUAUACAUGAAUUUGAAAUCAAAUUAGGAAAUCUACAAACUAUGAUCGGGCAUAGUGAAUCAAUAUUCGAAAUUAUAAUUAUAAGAUUAAUUGAUAAAAGUUGACUGAAAACUAAUUUUGGUUACAUUACUGUAUCAGAUUUUUCUUUAAAAAGUAACAAUUCUAUAGAUUUGCAAUGGAAUUUGGAUUUUUU